AAGAAUAACGUACUUCCGCCUUCAUAUCAGCACGUGACCGAGGACACGGCGUGGAAGCGUUCUCUUCAGCGAAGGACCAAGGCGGUCACGUGACUCGUGCAGGGAGAGGCGCGAAGCGGUCCCGCACUUUUCCUUAGGGAGGAAAAGGGAGGCCGCGCUAGCCGAGAAUCCCGUUGCUUUUCUCUCACGUUUGCUUACUGGAGGACCGAAGCAGAAUCAGCUCUACUGUGCGAGUUUAGGGUUCACUGCUGCGGGGCAGCCGCGCCAGACCAACAGCCACCUGCCCAGUUCGGGGCGGCGGGGCACGCCAGGAGUGGGUUUAGCAAGAUCUGGCUAUACAUCAAUCCUGGAGAAGAUGGAAGACACAGAGACAUAGAGUUGCCUGCAUGAAGUACCUAGAGAGGCUAGUACCAGUAAAGCCACCUCUGAAGUUUGCAGUGAAUUGAUCUGACUUCUGCCUCCUUGGCUCUUGCCAGUGCCUUGUCUUUAGGUUUUGCAAUGAACAGAUUUGACUUGUUUGCCACCGCCAUGCAGCCAUCUGCCUUCAAAUGCGUGCAAGAACUUCUGCUAACCUUUGCGUUCUCUUUGGCCUCUGCUUGGGCAGAUGACCUUCCAGUGUUUCCGCACCAUGACUAUUGCAUCCUUGGGGCUGGCCCCUCAGGAUUGCAGAUGGCCUAUUUUCUCCAACAAGCAGGCCGAGACUAUGUGGUCUUUGAACGUAGCCACAUGCCAGGACAUUUCUUUGCCUUGUAUCCCCGCCAUCGCAAGCUUAUCAGCAUCAAUAAGCGCUACACAGGCAAAGCCAACCAUGAGUUCAACCUUCGCCAUGACUGGAACUCAUUACUCAGCCAUGAUAGUAGGCUUCUUUUCCGACACUACUCCCCUGACUACUUCCCUGAUGCUGAUGAUAUGGUGCGCUACCUGAGAGACUUUGCUUCGUUGCUAGACCUCCAGGUGCACUACAACACAUCCAUUACUCAUGUGAUGCUGGAGAAGGACACCAAGGCAUGGAAUGGACACUAUUUUUUCCUUACUGAUCAGAACGCUCAGCUCUAUAAAUGCAGCGUUCUUUUGGUGGCCACAGGGACGUGGGUUCCUCACAAAGUGAACUUUCCUGGUUCAGAGUAUGUCGAGGGCUAUGAGUCAAUGUCUAUUGACCCAGAAGACUUUGUUGGCCAAUCAGUAUUGAUCCUGGGCCGAGGUAACUCUGCCUUUGAAACAGCUGAGAACAUUUUGGGAGUCACCAAUUUCAUACACAUGGUGAGCCGCUCUCGAGUUCGCCUCUCUUGGGCUACCCACUAUGUUGGAGAUCUGAGAGCAAUUAACAAUGGCCUCUUGGACACAUAUCAGCUGAAAUCUCUGGAUGGCCUACUGGAAGGUGAUUUGGAAGACCUGGUUCUUGUCAAGGAUAAAAAAGGGAAACUGCACAUUACCCUUCGCUUUUACCUGGAGAACCCUAACAGCAGUGAAGAGUCCAUUACCCUCCCCCAGGAUGAGCUGGACAACUUUGCCACUCGGGCACCCUACGACCGUGCCAUUCGCUGCCUGGGUUGGCAGUUUGACUUCUCCAUAUUUAACAAAUCUGUUGGGCUGUUGCAUGGCAAAGGCAAUAAGAAAAAAUAUCCUUUGAUCAAGCCCAGCUAUGAAGCCAAAGCAACUCGAGGCUUGUUUGUCCUGGGCACCGCAAGCCACUCUGUUGACUUCCGCAAAUCUGCUGGAGGCUUCAUUCAUGGGUUCCGAUACACAGCUCGUGUUGUCCAUCGUUUAUUAGAAGUGCGCCACCAUGGUGUCCCAUGGCCAUCCUCCACCUACCCUAUUAUUCAGCUAACCAACUCCAUUGUCAAGCGGGUGAAUGAGGCAUCUGGGCUCUAUCAGAUGUUCACGGUGCUGGCAGACAUCAUUCUGCUAAAAGAGAAUGCCACUGAAUUUGAGUAUCUGGAAGAAUUUCCAGUUGGAGUCCUGCAAGACCUCGAAUGGCGCACAGGAAGGAAAGUUCAGAAUGGGCUUUUUGUCAUCAUAAUGGAAUAUGGGAAGAACUUCUCUGGCCCUGACAAGGAUGUCUUCUAUUAUAAUCGGGCAGUGGGUGAAGCACAGCAUGCUUGGCAAUCUAAUUUUUUGCACCCUGUCAUUUAUUACUACAAACGACUUCCCACUGAACGUGAAAUGAGGCGUUGUCCACCAGACUGGCCCCUGCCUCAUCCAGACGCCAUCCAUCACAUUGUAGAGGACUUCCUGACAGACUGGACUGCUCAGAAUGCCCACAUCCUCCCUCUGAGACGUUUCUUGGAGAAUUGCCUGGGAAUCGACCUGCGCAGGUUCUAUGCAGAGUCCUGUUUCCUCUUUGCACUGACUCACCAGAAGCUGCCAGUCUUCUGUCAGCAGGGAUACAUGAGAAGACAAGGUCUGAUGGGUAAUGAGAGACUUAGACGACAUGCAGUAGAAGCUGGAUUGCUGGAGGACUAUGCUGCUGUGGAUUCUCUAAAAGAGCCGGAAGAGGGCAACGCAGUGUUGCAUGACCACCUGUUGGAGGAUCACAUGAUGCCAGACCAUCACCUGCAGCAUCUCAUGAGCACCAAGGAUGAACUUUAGUACUCCUUGGUCCAAAUCCACAAGGAACUGUGGUCUUGGUACCAUGACAAAGAUCUGCAGAGGAUGUCUAAGCUCCAUUAUGCAGAGAUGGGUCCCUACCUACUCCUUCAUGGGGACCAUGACUUGCCAAAGGUUUGUGUGGGCCUUUGCACAUUCAUGAGGGAUUAACAAGGGCAGUCAGUGGGUAAUGCCAAGGCAGUCCUUUGCUCCCAUUCAUUGCCUGCUGAUGGUGUUGCAUUUCUGUUAUAUGAGCCAGUCUCUAGUUUAUGACCCAAGGGAGGAAAAAGUGAUACUUGCCAGGGAGUAUUAUUCGUGAUCGCAUGUUUUGUGGCUAUCUGCAAGGGAUGUGUCGUUUAUGGAUGCUGUCUGUAUUGUGUUCUUGCAUAUACUGGCAAAGUGGUAUGUGCAUGGAUGUAUAAGCAAUGUGGUGGAAGUUGCUGGGUGAGAGGUGAAAGUGCUUGGAACUUCCCAAACUGGGAAAUAUGAGCCGCUACCUCCAUGAGGGACCAGUGUCUCUCAAGGCACUAUAAGCCUGGAUCCCUUUUGUGUUGUGUGGCCCAGUUGCACCCACUUCCUUAGGCAUUAUUUUUUCCUGUGGGAGUGGUAUUCCCAUGUGCCAGCUUGCCAUUCUCAGGAGGCCCCUGAAUCCUUACAAAACAUCUCCUCUUUGCACUACCCCCCUUUUAGAAAGCUCCCUUAGUUCUGUUGAGUCUAGAUGUAAUCCUAUUUCUUAUUCCAAUCAUAUUUUUUAAAAUAUCCCUUUUUUGUAGAUUAGAUAGGAAAGCUAUUUGCACUUUAUUGCACACCCUUCUCACAUUUCCUGCAAGUCAGGAGAAGAAGACUGGAAGGAGUUCAAGUUCUUGUCUCUGAUCUUCCUAUCAGCUUAUAAGAGGUAGAAGAAGGGACCUUUAAAUCCUCUCUAAUCUCUGCACUUGUGCUUCCUUGGUGACACCUCUCCAGCAGCUGAUGCCCUAAUGCUGUUUUAGCUCCCUUGCUCAUCUAAUAUCUAAUCCUUCAGUCUCACCUGAGAUUUUUUUCAGCUUCACUUUCAAGAGUAAGUCUCGUUUGUGUCUGUGGUGUUAAUGGUACACUAGUAAAAGUGCUGCUGCAAGUUAGAAUUCCUCUGGGCUGCUGUCACGGGUUGACAGGUUGAGACAAUCUCUGUGGGCAUACGAGAGCCCAGAGAGCACCUUCCUUGCAUGCAGAGGGUCCCAGAGUAGAUGCCGAGCAUUGGCAGAUAAAAAAAUCUCAAGGCCUCGGAGUGCUGCUGCCAUUCAAAGUAGGCAGUGUUGCCUAAAUGGAAGAAAAGAUGUGAUAGUAAAAGAAAGCUUCAUGUUUAUUUAAUGCAGCAGUUGGGGUUUACGUGAGCUAAGAAUCCUGUGCAAAAGAGAGUCCUCAGAAGGAAUCUACAGCUAACAUUUGCUCUGUCUUUGACACUUUGAGGCUGCCUUGGUCAAACUGGAAUGUUCAAAGAUCUUAAAGACUUUUCAAGCAGGGAGAUCUGAAUCCCUUGCCUAGAGCAGCCUUUUUGCUGACAAUCCCUCUUCUUCCAACCACCAUAAAUACCCCAAAGAACCCAGUGCUGUAAAUUGAUAAUAUGAGUGUUGCCUUGAAUUAUUUUCUUAAAAGGUUUUUUUUAAGGCAUUGUCCUGUUCUGCGGGUAAUUUCCCCCUGGUUAGGCCCUGUGUCUGCUGUGCUGCUGCUCCACAGACAGAAGCCCAGCUGUCAAGCCAGAAUCUAGCAUUCAGCUGCUUUAUUCUCAGUGCCUGCCACAUUCAUUCAGACAUUUGCAGAGAACUUCAUGGCUCCAUAGUAGACGGGGCAGUUGCCAGCCAUCUCUUUGAUUUUUAAUGCUCUUUUUCCUGAACAGUAUUAUUUUUAAAUAUCCAUCAUCAAACAAGUGGGGACCUGGUAAUGCUGUUGCAUUGUAAAUGUGUCAUGUAUGGUUGUGUUCUUGGAAUGAACUGUUUAAAACAUUUCCAAGCUCGGGAGCUGGUAUACUGCAUUAUUUUGCUAGAAGGUUGUGGUUGGUGUGGUGUAUAUGUAAUGUGCAAAUCAGUACUGUAUACUUUGACCACGAUUGGAAAUCCUAUCUCCAACCA